AUGAAUAAGAGUUCACAAAUAAUAUUUUUCUUGUUGGUAUCAUUAUUAUGCAACUUUUCUAUUGCCAACUGUAAUGAAAAUGGAAAUGAGGAUAUAAAGAAUGUCAAUAAUAAUAAUAAAAGAUUGAAUAGGAAAGAAAGAAUAAGAAGGGCUAAAGCUAGUGGCAAUCCAAAAGAUAAGGAAACCGAAAUUCUUAAUUUAUAUGAUGACGUACAAGAACUAUUAGGAAAUGACAGUAUGAAUAUGCUAGACAAAUAUUAUAUAUUAGGUAUUGAUGAUUUUCCUGGUGAAACAGAUAAAAAUAAAAUAAUUGGAGAAUAUGAUCUUAAAGCUAUGAAAAGUGUAUUAUUAUAUAAAAACAAAAUAUCAAGAGAGUCUUUAGAAGAUUUACAUGAUGUUAAAAAUGUAUUUAAAAGAUGCUCUAAUAAAGAAGAUCCUGAAUUAAGCAAGAGUUAUGAAAAGAUUGAAGAUAAAGCAGCUAAAGAUCACACAACUGUAGGAGAAGUUUUAUCAAAUUAUAUCGCAGCUGUUUACACUAAAAUGAAUGAUGAAUUUGUAAAAAAUGAUGCAUUUAAAUUAAAUAAAUAUACUUCUGAACUUGAAAUUAUUAACUAUGCAAUUGUGAAUGGACCUACAGAAAUGGGAGAUAAAAUAAUGAAUUCAGUAAAUGAUUUAAAUAAAUUAAUUAUAUCUGAAUCUCUUAAUUCCAUAUACGAAUCAGUUGUUUCAGGAUUAAACAUAAAUUGUAAAAUUAAAAAUGAUUUAUUAACUUUACUUAAUUUAGCAAAUGGUAAAUAUUUUAAAAUAGAAUUAAAUAAAGAAGCCAGAAUGAUAUAUCCAAAACAAUAUUCACAUGAAUCUGCUCAUAUGAAAAAAAUACAAGAAUAUUUUAUUGCAAAAAAUAGAGUAUGUCAAACUGAAAUGUGCCCAGUAAACUCAAAUUGUUAUGUUAUUGAAGGUGUAGAAACCUGCAGAUGUAUUCCAGGAUUUGUUAAUAAUGAAGAAACCGAAGAAUUUAAAUGUGAAGUUGAUUCAUCUGCUUCUUGUGAAAAGAACAAUGGUGGAUGUGAUGAAAAUGCAACCUGUUUAGUAUUAGAAGAUAAAAUAAUGUGUGAAUGUAAUAACAAAUUUAAUGGAGAUGGUAUCUAUUGUUCUAAUGCCAUUUUCUAUGGAAUGAAUACUUUCAUUUUCUUUUUAAUCUCCAUAGUAUGUGUAUACAUAAUGUAA